CUCCGGCAAUGCUGCUGGAGAUUCCGGAAGCUCCGCCGCCGGACUCGUAAACUCGACCCGACUCCACCAAAACAGCUCUAUCUACAAUGCCUCCCGCCCAGAACCUCAAGCACCGGGUCUUCACCUGCCUGAAUAAGCUCUCCGACCGUGACACUCAUUCGCUUGCAGCUUCCGAGCUCCAAUCCAUCGCCCGGACCCUCGAACCGACAUCCGUACCCGUUUUUCUUUCUUGCAUCCAGUCCACCGACGCCUCCGACAAGUCUCCGGUACGCCGACAAUGCGUCCACCUCAUCACCGUCCUCUCUGAAACUCACGGCGACUCGCUGUCCCCGUACCUCUCCAAAAUGCUCACCAGCAUCACCAAGCGGCUCCGCGACCCGGACUCCGCCGUCCGAUCCGCCUGCCAAAACGCCGUCGCUUCCCUCUCCUGCCACGUCACCAAGCCCUCUUCUUUCGGCUCGUUUCUGAAGCCGCUAACCGACGCGCUUUUCACGGAGCAGGACCCGAACUCGCAGAUCGGGUCGGCCCUCUGCCUGGCGUCGGGCAUCGACGCCGCGCCCGACCCGGAACCCACGAAGCUGGGGAGGCUGCUACCGAGGCUCGAGAAGCUGAUAAAGUGCGACGGAUAUAAGGCGAAGCCGGCGGUGCUGACGUUGAUCGGGUCGGUGAUCGCGUCGGGUGGGGCGUCGGGUCACGGAGCUUUGAGGAGCUUGGUUCCUUGCCUCGUCGGGUUCCUGAGCAGCGAGGACUGGGCCGCGAGGAAGGCCGCGGCGGAAGCGCUUGCCAAGCUGGCGGUUGUGGAGAGAGACACGUUGUCGGAGUUCAAAGCUGGGUCCUUGAGAACGUUCGAGAAUCGGAAGUUUGAUAGAGUGAAGAGUGUUAGGGAGGUUAUGAAUCAGAUGAUGGAGGCUUGGAAGAAGAUUCCCGAUCUCUCCGACGAGGCUUCCCCACCGCCGCGAUCAAAUGCUUCCUCCAAAGGUUCUUUGAUGGAUCCAGAGAAUGCAAGUGAUGGUGAUGGACGCCAUCCGGUUAGGUCUAGAAACAGCGAUGCUCCUGGUUCCGGAGCUACUCAAUUGAAGAAGAAAGCUACCUCGGCUAGCAGAUCAACUCCGCCUGAGAGUUCUUAUGCUACCACUGCUACGAAGACAAGUACUUUGAAGAGUACGGACAAGAAGGCGAAUCCAGGGACGUUAGGGAAACCAGACCGUAAGAAGCCUUCAGAUUGGGAAGCUGAGAUUAGUGCGCUUGGCGCUCCCUCAUCGGCUGGGGCUUUUGAUGACGGUUUUAAGGAGAUGGAUGAGAAUAUCCCAGAAAGAAGGAUCAAUGGGAACACAAAACGUACCUUGUUCCGUAGGAGUUCUGAUAACAAAGUGCACAAAGUUGGUGGGUCAAGGUCAGGAUCUCGUGUGGCUCCGUAUCAUGAGGAGAGGACAGAAUCUACCGUUGUUGUCAGUAAUGUUACCGAGGAUAAUCAUAAGAACCACAGAGAAUGCGAGGAUUUAUCCCGGAUCCGCAAUCAACUUCUUCAGAUUGAAAAGCAGCAGUUCAGUUUACUUGAUCUCGUGCAGAAAUUCAUGGGCAACUCGCAAGCUGGAAUGCAUUCGUUGGAGACUCGUGUACAACGGCUAGAGCUAGCACUGGAUGGGAUCUCAUAUGAUUUGGCUUUGUCAAGUGGAAGGAUUACCAAAGUCAAGUCACGCCGCAGCUCGUGUUGCCUGCUACCUGGUGCAGAUUUUUGGAGUUCCAAGUUCUGGAGGAAAACAGAAGGCAGGUACUCAACGCCAGGGCUUCCUAAUUCCAGGGGCAUUGCACCGGUGGUAGCCAUGCGCUACAGAGCAGAUGACAGUGGCAAUGCUGAAGCAUUGGAGAACCUUAGGUUUCAGCUCCAGGAUAGGAGUGGGUUCAUUGUAAACCCUUUGGCAGAGAUUCGGAGUGACUCAAGGCGUAUAUCAGAUGCCACACGUCACUAGCGAGUUGGAUUCAGAGGUACCUUACAAGAUUUUCAUCGCAUUUCUGAUGUCAUUUUCAUAGUGUUUGGAUCGUUGGCCUGGUUGCUAUCACUAGAUGCCGAUAUGAUCAAGGCAAUCCGAAGGUUUGUGCUAUGUUUUUGCCUUCUCGGAUAGCAGCCUCCGCCAAAUCACCGGCGAUAGUAUUCUUUCAUGCGGUGAAACGAAGAUACGAAAAAGAAUAUUUUGUGUUCUCUUCAUUCCCUGCACCUCUCUUUGUUAUUUGUAUUAAGAUUUCAAAGGAGUGUGGUAUAUCAUCAAACGCCAUUUUUCUUGGUGGUUGGUGCAGAGAAUGUAUUGUGUACAGAGGGGUCGUAGAGUAAGAGAGCCGAGAAGUGUACCGGGCUCUGUUCCCAGUACAUUGAAAAAAUCUCUCAUAGUGAAGGGCCUUCAUUCCUUUUAAGUUGUAGCUUUCUUACUGAUCAUUACUUGCUCUGAAAGAGUUUAAGAUGCGAUGAUGAAGAUGAAUUCUUUACUUUUUGAAA